AUGCCUGGUGUCUCCGUUCGCGAUGUCGCCGCCGACAAGUUCAUCGAGUCCUACGCCGCUUUCUUGAAGCGCCAGGGAAAGCUGCCAAUUCCAGGUUGGUCCGACACCGUCAAGACCUCCCACUCCAAGGAGCUGCCUCCUCAGAGCCCUGACUGGUUCUAUGUCCGCGCUGCCGCCAUCGCCCGCCACAUCUACGUGCGCAAGACUGUCGGUGUUGGCCGCCUGAGGAAGGUCCACGGUGGCACCAAGAACCGUGGCUCGCGCCCAUCCCACCACGUUGACGCCUCCGGCUCUGUGGACCGCAAGGUCAUGCAGGCCCUUGAGAAGAUUGGUGUCCUUGAGCAGGACGAGGACAAGGGUGGCCGCCGCAUCACCCAGCAGGGCCAGCGUGAUUUGGACCGUAUCGCCCAGACCACCAUCGAGGCCGAGGAGGAGGACGAGGAUGACGAGUAG